AGAAUCACGGGGACAAGACUUUUGACGAUGACUUGAUUCUGCAGACUGAUUGAACUGAGCCGCGGUUACCAGCAAAACUGCGCGUUUUGCAGAGUAAAGCGAGAUAAGUGCGAGUGAUUUGCUUCAAAUUCGUCGUUGUGCAUCAAGAGUUUGUUUGUUAAAUCUCAGGUGACCAAACACAACGUUGAGAGAGAAGAAAGGAGAUCUUUUCAGAUAUUCCUCAGAUUAAUUAGCAGUUUACUACUAAUAAGUCAUAUAGUUGGCCACAAUUUUGCCAUCCGAACGACUCACGACUUACGAUUAUUGAAUUUCUCGAUCCAAGAUGAAGCGACAACAAUUUCAAGAAUCGCAGACGCAACAACAGCAGCAACAAGCUAUCGUGCAAGAACAACAACAACAACAACAACAGUACAUUCAGCAACGAACGGAAAGACAAGUCACGCGACAACAGAUCACCAGUCAGCAGAGAGUUCAAGGAGAGGUCGUUAUGCAAACGACGCCAACGGUACCAGUAUUUACGGGUAAACCCGGAGAUCCUUCACCACCGAUUUUCGAGCGAAUCUUCAAAAAUGCGAGAUUCGCGCAAGGAGGUAACGCGAUUUUUGAAGGUUGUGUUCGAGGUAAUCCGAGACCAUCAGUUUCUUGGACACACAAAGGGAUGCCAUUGCUAGAAUCACGAAAGAUUCGAAUGUCUUAUAAUGAAAAUUCUGGAAUUGUCACACUCCAAAUUAAUCAGAUCGGUCCGGGGGACGAGGGCGAGUACACAUGCAAUGCAAAGAACCAAUAUGGCGAAGCUAUUUGCUCAGUUUACAUACAGCCAGAGGGAUUUGGUCCUCCAGCGCAACAACUAACAGAUAGUUACAAGAAAGAAUUUUCGCAAAGUUUUCAAACUAGCGACCAGAAAAUGCAAAGUGGAAGUCAAAUCUUUCAACAACGCAGUUAUCAACAAAUAACCGAUAAACGAAGUUACAUCAAUGGCACAACUACAAGCAUUGAAGAUUUUAAGGUUGAUACCUUUGAAUACAGAUUGUUGCGCGAAUUGGAAUUCCGUGAAUCAAUUACUCGCCGUUUUGCGAAUGAAUCCGACUUGCAAAUUUCUACAGUAGUUGAUCGUACCCUAGGCCCGGUCGCACCUCCACAAAUUACUCAGAAACCGAGAAACUCGAAGAUCGUUGAAGGAUCGGACGCUGUCUUUACCGCAAAAAUAACUGGCAAUCCGAAACCAAGAUUAACAUGGUUCAAAAAUGGUCAGAGAAUUCGAGAUUCUCAACGACUAGAAACGAGCUAUUCAAAUCAGCAGGCUACUUUACGAAUUCGAGUCGCUCUGCCAGAAGACAGCGGUCAUUAUACAUUAUUGUCUGAGAAUCCUCAAGGUUGUACCGUUAGCUCCGCUUAUCUAGCAAUUGAAUCCAGCGAUCAAGUAGAUCAAGUUCCGUAUCAAGCGCAUCAAAGGGAAUUUAUUAAGACUCAACAAAUAGAUUCAAUCAAUGAAUCUGUUGACUCUAGCAAGGUUCUGCCACCGAAUUUCGUUCGUACCAUCACAGAUAAGGAAGCUACCGAAGGCAAAAUGACGCGAUUCGACUGUCGCGUAACUGGCCGUCCAUAUCCUGAAGUCACUUGGUAUAUAAAUGACCAACAAGUCGCCAAUGACAUGACUCAUAAAAUCCUUGUAAAUGAAUCUGGUAACAAUUCAUUAAUGAUCACGAAUGUGAACCGCGCCGACGCUGGCGUAGUAACGUGCAUUGCGCGGAAUAAAGCCGGUGAAACUUCUUGUCAAUGCAAUUUAAGCGUUAUCGAAAAAGAACAGGUAGUUGCGCCGAAAUUUGUCGAACGUUUUGUUACAACGGGAGUAAAGGAAGGAGAACCUGUGAUCUUUAUGGCACGUGCAGUCGGCACGCCCAUUCCACGAAUCACAUGGCAAAAAGAUGGCGUACCGAUAACGCCUUGUCCCGAAAUACGUAUAUCGAGUGAUGGUAACGGAGCUUCGACUUUAGACAUCCCAUGCGCCAAAUUUUCAGAUGCAGCCUGGUACCAGUGUACAGCGCAAAAUAUAGCCGGCUCCACCGCAACUCGAGCACGGCUCUUUGUAGAAACGCCAAAAGGAACGACCCCGGAACCAAGACGCCUGAAUUUACCCCGACCUACGAAAGUCAUCGAACCAGAACCAGCGCCUGGCCCCGAAGUAAUUUACCUGAGACAUGUGGAACGUGCGAAACCUUAUUUGCCGCCUCCUGAAGAAGACAAAAUUUAUCCUCCGCCACGUUUCAUUAUACCGCUAAAGGAUGUUCAUCAAAUUGAAGGUGGACGAAUUCACUUCGAGGCCAGAAUCGAACCGGUGGGCGACCCCACUAUGAGGGUGGAGUGGUAUGUCAAUGGCAGAACACUCGACGCAAGUUCCCGGGCGACUUCCGUCUUUCGCUUCGGUUUUAUUUCACUCGAUCUCAUUAGUAUCGUUCUUCAAGAUAGCGGCGAGUAUUUGUGCCGCGUUGUAAGCUCGACCGGAAUUGCCGAUUCUCGAGCCACCCUCAGUGUAACCCCACGUGCCACGAUUGAACAAGCAAGCCAACACCCCGACAGCCUUCAAUACAUUCAGCAGCUCGAGGAUUACAGCAAAUAUCAAAGACAGGAGAGCGUGGAGGAGACCUCUUCACAGCGGCCGGUUUUCAUCCGCCCGCUCCAGGAUCUUGGUGAGUUACAGGAAGGUCGUAACGCCCAUUUCGAGGCGCAAUUGACGCCUGUUAGCGAUCCUACCAUGAAAGUGGAGUGGUACAAGGAUGGAAAACCAAUCACAGCGAGCUCAAGAAUUACUAGCAUCUUCAACUUCGGAUACGUCUCACUCAAUAUAAUGCACCUACGGGCUGAAGAUGCAGGUUCUUAUACUGUCAGAGCUGUGAACCGCUUGGGAGAGGCCAUCAGCUCCGCGACUCUUCGUGUCUUUGCGCGAACAAGCGUAACAACAGACUUGGGUAUUCCCGAACAACUGAGAUACAUAGAGGCUGCCGAGGAAUUGGAAGCAUAUCAACAGGCGAUGCACCAAAAGUAUGUGCAGGAGCAGCCUGAAGCGAGUAGCCCACCGGAAUUUAAAUCGCCUAUUAAGGAUCAAAGUAGCAUACGAGAAGGUGGAUUCGCUCAUUUUGAAGCGCGUCUCGAACCAAUCGGUGAUGCCGACCUCCGUGUUGAGUGGCUAAAAGAUGGACGACCUGUAGAAGCUAGUUCUCGGAUUACAACUUUUUUCAAUUUCGGAUACGUGGCAUUGACCAUCAAAUACGUAACGAUACACGAUGUUGGCGUGUAUACUUGCCGAGCCUACAACAGAGCCGGUGAAGCUCACACUACCGCUCAAUUAAGUGUGAUCAGCAAAAAUGAUGUUAUUUAUGACAGCCAGCAUCCUACUGGUCUCCAAAAAAUUCAAUCUCUCGAAGAUUCGAGUAGAUAUUCACGACAGGUUCAAGAAGAAACGCAGAUUACACAAGCACCACGAUUUUUAGGUAAUCUUAAAGGUACCAAUAAGAUCGUAGAAGGUCAACGGGCGCAUUUUGAGGCACGCGUUGAACCUCAAAGUGAUCUGAGUAUGAAGAUCGAGUGGUAUCACAACGGCAAACCUAUUACUGCCGCUAAUAGAAUCCAAACGUAUCACGAUUUCGGAUACGUUUCCAUUGAUAUUCUUCAAGUUCGUCCUGAAGACGCUGGUACAUAUACCGUUGUGGCUAGAAAUUCCCGUGGAGAAGCUCGUUUAUCUGCCACCAUGACCGUAGAAACGCGUUCCAGCAUAGAUACCAGCAGCAUGCAUCGCGGAACUUAUGAAAAAACUCAACGUUUAGAAGAUUCCAAAUUUGUUGAGCCGCAGUAUCAUAUCGAAGAGAUCUCUAAAUCAAAACCAAUUUUUAUCCAGCCGUUGAGUGAUCCUAAGCCAGUUAGUGAGGGCAAAAAUAUUCACUUGGAGUGUCGUUUGGAACCGAUGGGCGAUCCUACAAUGAGAGUUGAAUGGUUCCAAAACGGACGUCCGGUCACAGUCGGUUCUAGAUUCAGAACUUACUACGAUUUCGGAUUUGUCGCACUCGAUAUAGUACACACUACCGUUUAUGAUUCUGGCGAAUAUACAGUCAGAGCUACUAAUCAUCUGGGUACCGCACAUACUUCUGCUUGCGUCAGAAUUAUCGGAAGGUCUGACAUCGUCACUGAAACACAAAAUGAACAAUCACUUGAGCAGAUACAGAUAUUGGAAGAUGCAUCAAGAUAUCGCAAAACUCAACACGAAGAUGUUACGGUGAUGCAAGCACCUCAGUUCACCCGACCUUUGCACAAUAUUGAGACGGUAGAAUUGACCAAUGUCCAUCUCGAAUGUCGCCUUCAACCAAUUGGUGAUGUUACUAUGAAAGUCGAUUGGUUCGUUAAUGGUCGACCGGUCAAAACUGGUCACCGAUUCAGACCAUCUUACGAAUUUGAUUAUGUGGCCCUAGAUAUUCUCGGCGUUUAUCCUGAAGAUUCUGGCGUAUAUACGUGCCAAGCUAGAAAUCAGCUCGGUGAAGCAAUUACUUCGUGUUCUGUAAGAGUACACGCCAAAAAAGAUUUACUUCUAGAGUCUCAACAUCCCGAAGGAUUGGAAAGAAUACAGUACUUGGAGGAUGCGUCACGAUACAAAAGGCACGAAUUAGUGGAUGAAGUCGUCAUUGUAAAGCCGAAAUUUAUUACAAAACCAAAAAACCAAGAAAAUCUUCGAGAAGGACAACAUGCACAUUUCGAGUGCAAAUUGGAGCCGGUAACGGAUCCGAAUUUAAAAGUCGAAUGGUUUAAAAAUGGUCAUCCAGUAACGAUAGGACACCGCUUUCGUCCAAUUCAUGAUUUUGGUUACGUUGCAUUGGACGUAAUUGAUUUGAUUGCCGAGGAUUCUGGAACGUACACUUGUCGUGCUGUUAAUCUGGUAGGAAGUGACGAAGUACUCUGUACUUUAACGUGUCGCUCGAGCGCACAAAUAUUAACGGACACGCAAAACGAACUUGGACUUGAACAGAUUCAUUAUCUUGAGGAUAAAUCCAAAUAUCAAAGACAAGAAGUUAUUGAAGAAACUACAACUCAGGCGCCUAUUUUCACAACUUCAUUAAAUAAUGUCGAGAUAAAAGAGGGCCAGCGAGCACAUUUUGAAUGUAGAUUAAUUCCAGUGUCCGAUGCAACAAUGAAAAUCGAAUGGUUCCAUAAUAACAAACCAGUGAAAGCAGGCUCAAGAUUCAUUGAAACAAACAAUUUUGGUUUUGUUGCUCUCGAUAUUAUGUACGCGUAUCCCGAAGAUUCUGGGACCUAUACUUGCAGAGCUAAAAAUAUUAUUGGUGAAGCCAUCACUUCUGCAACCGCUAUCGUUCACUCUAAAAAGUCAAUCUACACAGAGACUCAGAGCGAAGAAACUCUUCAACGUCUUCGCUCGUUGGAGGACACGUCUCGUUAUCAACGUAAAGCUACAACUGAGGAAAUUAUUACGCAAGCUCCUGUAUUUACGAUGCCGAUAAAAGAUCUUCGUGUUGCUGAGAAUCAAGCAGCACACUUUGAAGCACGUGUUAUUCCAGUUGGAGAUCCUAAACUCAAAGUAGAAUGGCUACGUAAUGGAGUUCCUAUUUCAGCUUCAAAUCGAGUAACGACCAUGCACGAUUUUGGAUAUGUCGCUUUAAAUAUGAAGUACGUUAAUCCCGAAGAUUCAGGCACUUAUACAUGUCGUGCUACAAACGAACUUGGAGAAGCAGUUACUUCAGCAACAUUGUUCGUUCAAUCUAAGGCAGCGUUGCAGUUCGAAUCACAACAUGAGGGCGCUUUAUCGAAACUUCAAGCCCUGGAAGAUACUACGAAAUAUCAACGUCAUGAGGAGGAGGAGAUUGUGGUAAAAGAUAAGCCAUCCUUUACGGUACAACUGAACGGACCUACCAGUUUAGUCGAAGGACAAAGCGCACAUUAUGAGUGUCGCAUAGAACCUUACCCUGAUCCCAACAUGAAAGUGGAAUGGUUUCACAAUGGCAAACCAUUAUCCACUGGUCACAGAUACAGAACUACUUGUGAUUUUGGAUUCGCAUCGUUGGAUGUAUUGACCGUAUAUGCCGAAGAUUCGGGCACUUAUGCUUGUCAAGCCACUAAUAAAUUGGGAUCGGCGAAGAGCUCGAUUAAUCUUAACGUGAAGUCUCGAGCAUCAAUUAUUCAUGACACGCAACACGAGAGCGCAUUGAAAAAAAUACAAUAUCUUGAAGAUGAUUCAAGGUAUAAACGAGUGAUCGAAGAAGAUACGAUCAUCGCUGAGAAGCCCACUUUCGGACGACCAUUGAAAAAUAUUGAGCAUCUUCCAGAAGGCAAAAACGCUCAUCUCGAAGCUACGCUGACUCCUGUGAAUGAUCCGACGAUGGUUGUCGAAUGGUUUAGAAAUGGACGUCCCAUUCCUCAAGGACAUAAAUUUAAAACAACCUACGAUUUUGGAUACGUCGCUCUCGAUAUUCUCUAUGCUUAUCCUGAAGAUUCUGGUACCUAUAUGUGCAAAGCAAGAAACGCUGUAGGCGAAGCGAUCACUACUUGCGUGAUCAGCGUGGAUUCAAAACAAGGCUUAUGUCUCGAUACGUUGGAUGCACAACGUUUGCAAAAAAUUCGAGAGCUGGAAACUGUCGAAGUUAAAGAAGAAAUAGAAAAAGAGGUUAUUCAUCAGAAACCUGUAUUUUUGACACCGUUGAACAAUCUGGAUCAUCUCAAGGAAGGCGAACACGCUCAUUUAGAAUGUCGUGUGGAGCCGAUUAACGAUCCGAACUUGAAAAUCGAAUGGUUUGUUAAUGGAGUUGCGAUUAAAACUGGUCAUCGCUUCCGUACAACACAUGAUUUUGGCUAUGUUGCUCUUGAUAUUCUUUAUACCUAUCCUGAAGAUUCUGGUACUUACAUGUGUAAAGCAACCAACCUAGUUGGAGAAGCCGUUAAUACUUGCACUAUCAAAGUCAGCUCACGACGGAGUAUUCUUUUGGAUACCCAACAUCCGGAUGGUUUAGAAAAGAUUCGAGAAUUAGAGUCUCAGGGUCAUCCUGCACGAUUAGAAAUUGAGGAACCGCCAGUAACACCACCGAGAUUUGUCUCUGAACUUAGGGGUACAACUGAAGUAUAUGAGGGGCAAACAGCUCACUUCGAGUGUCAAGUAGAGCCUCUGCAUGACGCAAAUCUAAGAAUCGAAUUCUUUCACAAUGGUAAACCAUUACCAUCGGCAGCGCGUUUCCAUGUGACUUUCGAUUUUGGAUAUGUAGCUUUGGACAUUGGUCAUGCCGUUCCCGAAGAUGCAGGACAAUAUUCCGUACGAGCGAUUAACGCGUUAGGACAAUGCGUAUCAUCAAUCGAACUUAAAGUAAUCCCAAGAGAUAACAUUAUUCUGGAUUCUCAACGGCCGGAAGGAAUGGAUAAAAUCAGGGAGCUCGAAGCCCAACAACCAUGGAAGAGACCAGAGAUUCCAGAGCCUCAAACUCGACAGCGACCAGUCUUCACGCAACCAUUGCAAAAUAUCGAUAAUAUUACUGAAGGUCACACUGCGCAUUUCGAAUGCAGACUCAUACCAGUAGGUGAUCCUAUGCUCAAAGUGGAAUGGUUUAGAAACGAAGUGCCUCUUGAGACAAGUUCGCGAAUCACAAAAGUGCAUGACUUUGGAUAUGUAUCUCUGGAUAUUGCUCACGUACGUGACAAAGAUGAAGGAGUUUACAUGUGUCGCGCAUCUAAUCCACUGGGCGAAGCGGUUACCACAGCUUCAAUGAAGAUUAAAACUAAGGCGAGCAUACAGUUAGAUACUCAGCAUCCAGAGGCCCAACGUAGAAUCGCUCAGUUAGAAGCCAAGGAAGCCGGACGACCCGAAGAACCGGAAAAAAUGUUUGAUAAACCGAUUUUCACACAGUUGCUAACUGGACCAACGGAACUUUGGGAAGGACAAAUGGCUAGAUACGAAUGCAGAGUCGUUCCUGUCGGCGACGCGAGUUUAAGAUUCGAAUGGUACAUGAACGGAGUUGAAUUAAAAAUGGGGUCACGUUUCCACGUAAAUCAUGACUUCGGAUACGUAACAUUGGACAUUCUAAAAGUUAUCCCUGAAGACUCUGGAGUCUAUACUUGCAAAGCAAUUAACAAUGCAGGAGAAGCAAUAUCGUCGAUCUCUUUGAAAGUAAAAGCGCGUUCAGCCAUCGAUUCCGAUAGCAUACAAACGGAUGCGUGGCAGAAGAUUCAAUUAAAAGAAGCAGAAAUGAAUAAAGUGCCAGAAAUGUUUGUUGAUACAACUCCGCAGCAGGCACCAGUUUUCACUAAACAUCUCGAAAGUUUCGAUAAAUUGAUAGAGGGACAACGUGUCUAUUUAGAAGCUCAGGUGGAGCCGCGGGCGGAUCCUAAUUUGAGAGUGGAAUGGUUUAAGAACGGUAUAACUCUUCAAACUGGAACGAGGCUUCGUAGUACGUUUGAUUUCGGUCUAGUAACACUAUCGAUCAACGGGCUAAGACCUGAUGAUUCCGCAAUUUAUACAUGCAAAGCAACUAAUCUUUUGGGAGAAGCGGUGUCAACUUGUAGUUUGAAAAUUGCCGAUCGUCAUUGGUUAUUGGGAGAUACUUUGCAUCCUGAUGCUCUAUCGAAAAUCGAUGCUUUGGAACAGCCUCAGAGAAUCUCUACUGAUCAACCGGAACCUACUUACGAAGAACCAGUUUUUAUCACUCAUUUAAAUAAUGUAGAGUGUAUCGAAGGUGAUAACGCUCACUUCGAAUGCAAUGUAGAACCGUCGAAAGAUCCAACUAUGAAGAUUGAAUGGUUUUUGAACAAUAAACCUUUGCCGACUGGUGCGAGAUUUAAAAGCACUUAUGAUUUUGGUUACGUGGCUAUGGACUUGACUCACGCUUACGAAGAAGAUUCUGGAGUUAUUACCGUUAAAGCUACAAAUUCAAAAGGAAGUGCACAGACAUCUGGUACUUUAAAAUGUACUAGCAAGCAAAAUAUUUAUCUUCAAACGCAACAUCCACAAGGAGAAGUCGGACUUGAGAAAGUAAAAGAAGCCGAAGAUGCUUAUCUAUCAAAAUACAGGAGACCAGAAGAAGUUCCUGAACAUGAAUAUCCUAAACCAAUCUGGACGGUGCCUCUUGGGCCUGAAUUUAAAUUGGGAGAAGCUGAACCAUUACAUCUAGAAGGACAAGUUGAGCCAAAGGAUGAUCCUAAUUUAAAGAUUGAGUGGUACUUUAAUGGAAAACCUUUAGAACAUGGUUCACGCUUUAAAAUGACUAGCGAUUUUGGAUUUGUCACUUUGGACUUAACGGACGUUUAUGAGCGUGACUCUGGUAUUUAUACUUGUAAGGCCUAUAACAAAGCAGGCGAAGCUUUCACUUCGACGACGGUUUAUUGUUCUACGAAGGAAAAUAUCAUCGAAAAGUCGCAGCAUCCCAAAGGCAAAGAAGGUCUCGAAGCAAUUCAAGAUUUGGAGGAAUCUUUGAAACGGCAAGAAGGAGCCCCUCUAGGAGAGGAAGAAGGCCAACCACCAAUGUUUACAUCGCAAUUCGAGAAUUUGACUAAUCUCUCGGAAGGAGAGAUCGCUCACUUUGAAGCAUCUCUCAUCCCUACUGGUGAUCAAACUAUGGUAGUUGAAUGGUUCUACAAUGGUAAAUCUUUAGAAGCUAGUCAUCGCACGAGAACCGUUUACGCUUUCGGCAUGGUUGUUCUCGAAGUUCUCGGUACUAAAAUAGAAGAUUCGGGUACUUAUACUUGUAGAGCCACCAACAAAUGGGGUAAAGCAGAAAUUAGCGUGCAAUUAGAAUGUAUCGACAAGUCCAAGGGACAGAAACCUAAAUUUACAACGCAAAUUCAAUCUUUGGAAGGUUUAAAGGAUGGCCAAUCAGCUCACUUUGAGUGUACCCUAAUCCCAGUAGGUGAUCCUCAUAUGAAAGUCGAGUGGUUCCACAAUGGAAAACCUCUACGGCAUUCGUCACGUUUCAAGAUGGUCUCUGAUUUCGGCUUUGUAGUUAUGGAUAUUGCCGGUGUGAUGUCUCACGACAGCGGAGAAUACGUUUGCAAAGCUAGCAAUAAAUAUGGCGAAGAUUAUACAAAAGCUACGAUCAAGUGCUUUGGCAAGAGCGGAGUUUACUUAGAUUCCCUUCAGCCGGAUUCGCUUGCUAGAAUUCGAGAACUCGAAAGUUAUACGGGAGAACAAACAACUACAUCUACGACUCCUGUCGCUGAACCACCGAAAUUUAUCACGCAGAUCGCGGACAUAACAAAACUGGUAGAAGGGCAGUCCGCACACUUCGAGGCUAGGCUGACCCCAGUGAACGAUCCCGAUUUGAAAGUCGAGUGGUAUUACAACGGCAAGAAACUUCCUCACGGCCAUCGAUAUCGCACUUUUCAUGACUUUGGUAUCGUUAUCUUAGAUAUACUCUAUUGUUACGAAGAGAAUUCUGGAGUUUACGAAUGCAGGGCCGUCAAUAAAUAUGGUGAAGAUUCUACGAGAGCAACGCUCAAAUGCUUCUCCAAAACUAAUCUUGUUUUGGAAUCGCAACUUCCAAAGGGCAUGGAAGGCGGCCUAGAAAAAAUACAAAAUCUUGAAGACUCAAUGAUACGUACGAAAGACGAAAAAAUUGUAGAAGAACGAGGCAAAGCUCCUAUGUUCACUGUACCUUUGAGUAACGUCGAUGGUCUACGAGAGGGAGAAAGUGCGCAUUUCGAGGCACGAGUAAUUCCUACGGACGAUCCAAAAUUAAAGGUCGAAUGGUUUUGGAAUGGUAAACCAUUGCGAACAGGAUCUCGCUUCCGCACAUUUUGCGAUUUUGGUUUCGUCAUUUUGGAAAUUUCUCCUAUCUACCCUGAAGACUCUGGCGAAUAUAGUUGUAGAGCAACAAAUGACUACGGUGAGGCAGUGACAACGUGCACAAUGAAGUGUACGGGCAAACGCAGUAUUAUUUUGGAAUCUCAGUUACCCAAAGGUAUGGAGAGUACAAUUGAUAAGAUUGCUGAGUUGGAAGGUCUUGGAGCUGCUUCAGGUCAGAUCAGUCUCGAGGACGAUACUGGUAGACCGCCAGAAUUUAUCACGACUCCUUCUGAUUUAACUUUGACUGAAAAUUCUCUUGCUCACUUCGAGUGCCGACUACAGCCAAUUAACGAUUCUAGCAUGAGAGUCGAAUGGUUCCACAACGGCAAGCCUCUUCUCGCUGGUAGUAGAGUCAAAACGAUUCAUGACUUUGGUUUCGUCAUUCUAGAAGUUGCAAAUUGCUAUCAACGCGAUUCCGGCUUAUAUACUUGUAAAGCCACCAAUCGUCAUGGUGAAGCCACAGUAUCAUGCAAGCUUCAAGUUCGUGGACGUCAAGGUAUCAUCCUGGAGCCUCAAUUACCGAAUAAUUUUAAAACCGGUACGGAAAGCAUUCAAAAACUGGAAGAGUCCCUAUAUAAGAAAGAUGAGAUUUUGGCGGAGGAAGAAACGCCGAAUCCACCGAAAUUCAUUGUCGAACUUAAAGAUAUUGAAGUUGAAGAAGCUGGACCGAGUCACUUCGACUGUAGAGUCGAGCCUGUGGGUGAUCCUACUAUGCGUAUUGAUUGGUUCCACAAUGGACGGCCCUUCGCAACAGGUUCUCGUGUCCAUCAAAUUAAUGAUUUUGGAUUUAUAUCAUUGGAUAUGUCGUAUACAUAUGCACGAGAUAGCGGCGAAUAUGUCUGCAGAGCUACAAACAAGUGGGGGUCUGCUACAACCAAGGCUACCAUUACUUGUAAAUCCAAGAAAACGAUAGAUUUUGAUUCUCAAUUACCAAUGGGAAUGAGCGGUGAAAAGCUAAAAGAACUAGAACGAGGACCGGUCUCUCAAGCUCCUGCGGAAGAAGCACCGCAACAACCGCCUCAUUUCAUUACGCAAAUCCAAUCGACAACUGUUGACGAGGGUGAACCAGUCAGAUUCGAAUGCCGUGUAGAGCCCAAAGAGGACUCGAAUCUACGCAUCGAGUGGUACAGAAAUGGCAAAUUGAUACCUGCUGGGCACAGAUAUAGAACGGUUUACGAUAUGGGAUUUGUGUCUAUGGAUAUCUUAUAUGUUUAUCCUGAGGAUUCUGGUGAAUAUGUUUGCAAAGCCAUCAAUAAUCUUGGAGAAGAUACCACUCGAGCUGCUGUAUCUUGCAAGAAAUUACCAAGCAUUAUUCUACAAAAUCAAGUACCAAAAGGUAUGAAAAAAUCCGAGGCCUUGAUGCAGAUGGAAGCGACAAUUAAAAAAUAUACUUCGGAAAUACAUUUAACCGAAGACGAUCUAUAUGAUGCGGAUAAAAAACAACCGCCUCGUUUUGUCACGCAGAUUCAAGAUCAGACCGAUCUUGUUGAAAUGAAUAGUACCAAAUUUGAAUGCCAAUUGGCACCUGUGGGUGAUCCAAAUAUGAAAGUCGAAUGGUUCUUUAACGGGAAACCAUUACCUCAUAAGAAUCGAUUUACGCCUAUUUAUGAUUUUGGCUAUGUAGCAAUGAACUUUGGUUGGGUUUAUCCAGAAGACAGUGGCGAGUAUUUAUGCAGAGCUACGAAUCUGUAUGGAAUGGACGAGACCAGAGCUAUAAUCAAAACUGCGGGAAAACCAGGAAUUAUCUAUGAGUCUCAACUUCCAAAAGGCAUGAAAAGCAUCGAGAAAAUUAGAGAAAUGGAAGCGGCAUGGCAAAUAGUACCCGAAGAGGAAGGUGAACAAGAAAAAGUACGCUCGGCGCCUAUUUUCGUGAGCAAACCGGAACCGGUAAUCGUCGAAGAAGGCGACUGCUCUAGAUUCUGUUGUCGAGUCACUGGUUACCCAAGACCUCGAGUUAUGUGGAUAAUCAAUGGACAUACGGUAGUCAACGGAUCCCGCUAUAAAUUAACGUACGACGGUAUGUAUCAUCUGGAUAUACCAAAGACCAGACAGUACGAUCAUGGAAAAGUUGAAGUAAUUGCAAGGAGCUCCGUUGGCGAAGCACGUACAGAAACAACUUUAACGGUGAAGCAACGAAGCGACGAUUACCGCGGUGUAUUGAAAAAUUCACCAAGGCCCUGGUACGAUUAUGGACUAACACAGUACCAGACCGAGCGGCAAAACACAGAAUUGGAGCGUGUGUUCGACGAACGUCAUCAAAGUGUUUCCCAAGGAAUCGAAAUUGCCACAGAGCAUCUUGGCACUAAAGUUAUUAAAGAACCUGAGACUGAGUGGCAAAAAUCCGUCAAGAGCAAGAAAAAUGAAGAUUAUUAUAACAAGUUGAUGAAUCUCGAAGAGGAACAAGUGCUCAAAGAGACCAGGUUAAGAGAAGCUUCGCAUCAAUUUGCUAUUCCUGGCGAUAAAGUCGUUGCACAUUCCUUAGCAAAGGGAAUGGCUCAAAAGUAUGAAGAAAGUUUAGAGGAACAACCGCAACAAGAACCUAUACAACCACCUCCAAAAUAUGUAAAAAAACCAUUUGUUACUGAAGUGGAUAUAGAUACAGAACGCGUUAAAGCCACGGGAAAAUAUCCUCCAGAACCAUCUGAAUCUACAGUUCAUGGUCGCGAAGUUCAUGUUGCGAAACAAAAACAAACACAAAAAGAAGUCAAGGGUGAUGUAGAAAUAACGAGAAAAAUUACAGCAACGGAGACAACAGAAGUAGAACAUAAAGCGAAAACACAAGAACGCGUAGUGCAAGGUCAAGUCAAACCUGCCAAACCUCCUAUUUUUACGAAGAAGAUUCAACCUUGUAGAGCAUUUGAGCAAGAACAAGCCAAAUUUGAAGUUGAAUUUGAUGGCGAUCCACUGCCAACUAUCAAAUGGUACCGCGAAGAUUUUCCUAUACAAAACUCAGCUGAUCUUCAAAUUUAUACCUUCAGCACCAAAUCGGUGUUAAUUAUCAGACAAGUUUUUAUGGAAGACUCUGGUGUCUUUUCCGUCAUCGCUGAGAAUAGAGGAGGAAAAGCCAAAUGUAGUGCCAAUUUAGUCGUAGAGGAACGCAGAAGGCAGCCUGGCCGAGGUGGCGCGAUACCACCCAGUUUCUUAUCCACAAUUCAAUCCGCUUCUGUUGCUACCGGACAACUCGCUAGAUUCGACGCCAAAAUUACCGGCACUAAACCUUUGGAUGUUUAUUGGCUCAAGAACGGCAAAAAGAUAAUAACGGAUAUCCGUUAUAAAACUUUGGAAGAAGAUAAUAUUUAUACACUUCUGAUUCUGGAGACAGUACCAGAGGACAUUGGCAAAUAUGAAUGUGUUGCGAUUAACAGUGCUGGAGAAGCGCGUUGCGAAGCGGAAUGUACUGUUCGCGGACCUCAAUCUCCAACAAAGGUCGCAAAACCUACAACACCAACAAUAGAAAAAGCGCCAACUAUUCUAGAGCCAUUAAGAGAUCAAACCAUUAAAGAAGGAACUUCAGUCGCUUUCGCUUGUAGAAUCGCAGGAAAGCCCAUUCCCACUAUACAAUGGAAGAAAGCUGAUAAGGUAAUCAAACCGUCGAAGUAUUUUCAAAUGCAAAAAGAAGGCGAUUUCUGUACCCUGAGGAUUUCUGAAGCCUUUCCCGAAGACGAAGGUGUUUAUAAAUGCAUUGCUAAAAAUUCCGCUGGUGAGGUCACAACAUCUGCCAAUCUCAGAGUUCUCGCGCCCGAUACAACUGAUGUCCUGGCAAAAUUGACUCCUUUGAAAGAUCAAAUAGUGAUAGAGGGACAACCAGCUCAAUUUAAAACUCAAGUGAGUCCGGCAAAGCCCAAGCCGACGAUUCAGUGGUAUCGAGAGGGUGCCUUGAUCCCACAGUCACCAGACUUUCAGAUGAUUCAUGAAGGGAGCAAUGCGGUGCUGCUGAUAGCAACUACCUACGAGGAGGAUACUGGCAUCUUCACUUGCCGCGCUACAACUUCAGCCGGUACCGUAGAAACAUCUGCCAAACUCAUCGUCAAAAAGAGAAAAGAAGCCUAUUACGCGGUUCCCGCGGAGACGGGUGCCAGUAUUGAAAUAGAUGCGAAACCUCAUCAAGAUUUAAAGGAAAAUAUAAUUCUGAGAUCUUUAUCUCUCGACAAAAAUGAUUUACCAUUUGAAAUACAACUUCAACCUGGUGAUGAAUCGUUGCCUUGGCGAAGAGGACGCGUUCUACCUCGAACUUAUGAUUCACUUCCAUGGCGGAAAGUACAAACAGCAUCAAGAGAUUCUUCACUGGAUAAGCUUCAAGCUUUCGAGAGUCAAAUAAAACCAUGGACCGAGGAAGAAGUAAUUUUGAAAAAAGCUCCCAAAGUUACCAAGGAUGUAACAACAGAAAGAUUAGAAGAAGUUCAGUUAAGACCGACGAAGGUUGAAAAAAAAGAUAUCCACGGAUUUAAUAUAGAACUAAUUAAGUUGAAAUCCGUGCCUAAAGAAGCAACAGAUAAAAUUAUAAUAACCGAAGAAUAUGCCAGCGAUAAUAUUACGACUGAACUUUAUAAGGAGCAAGAGGAUAAUACUCUGUUAAAAACAUCGCGUCGUUUAGAUGAAACUUUGUCGAAAAAAGAGAAACAGGAGAAACCAAGAUUAUGGUCGGAGGAACAAAUUGUUUUAAAGAAAAUAAAACCAAAGACAAAAACAACUUCCGAAUUGGACGUAGAAAAAAUAAAUUUUCUUGAACAAGAGGACACUUCUUUGCUUUCAAUUGUAAAGGAUGCAGAAAUACAAAAAUUAAAAAAAGAAAAACCUAUCACGGAGAAGGUAGAACAACCUAAGCCUUGGACGGAGGAAAAAAUCGCUUUGAAAAAGGCAAAACCGGAAAGAAAGGAAAUACCUAAGGAAAUCCUCGAAACUGUUUCAUUGAAACCUUUGCAAAUAGUAAAGAAAGAUCUCGUGGAAUCAACGUUAGAUAAGGCAGAUCUAAAACCAAUUUUAAAAGAAGAAGCUGAAGCAAUUUCAACGAUUACACGAAUUGAUGUCACUACAGACAAAAAAGAGAGAAGAGCAAGCAAAGACGUGGAUAAAACAAUCAUAGAUAAGGAAGAUAAGACAAAACCAUGGACAGAAGAAAAAAUUAUUUUGAAAAAAUCUAAACCUAUUCAAAAAGAAAUUGAAAAAGAGAUAAUAGAAACGGUACAAUUAAAGUCAUCUAAAUUUAUUAAACCAAUAUCUCCAAAACCAGAUUUGGAAAAAAUAAAUUUGAAACCUGUCAUAAAAGAAACAAAAAAUAAUAGAGAAAUCGAUAAAACUGCUGAAUACGUUGAACAAGAAGAUAUUACAUUGCUUCAAGUUUCAACUGAGAUGUACGAUGAUAUUAAAUUAAAAGCAGAUACAAGAAAAAAGUUAGUACGAGAAGAAAAACAUAUCGACGAAGAUAUUACGACGUAUAAAGAGAAAGAAGAUAUUACUUUGCUUAAAGUUACGUCAGAGCAUGAAACCAACAUUCAUAAAAAGAUAAAAAAGCAAGAGGACGUGCCACAAGAAAAGCCUCAGUCAAAGACAUGGAUGGAAGAAAAAAUAAUCUUAAAAAGGACAAAACCGGAGCAAAAAGAAAUAUAUAAAGAAACUCUCGAGGAAGUAUCAUUAAAGCCAACAUCAAGGUCAGAUAAAGUAAUAUUAAAGAAAGAAUCAAUAGAGAAAGUAGAUUUAAAACACAUCAAAAUAAAAAGUACAGACUUGACUGGAGUCGUACAGCAAGAAAACGAACCAUACCACGAAGAAGAAGAUAAAAUAAUUAUAAAAAUGGACGAAGAUAUUGAGUCUACCAAAAAAAUAAGCAGUGAGAAAAAAUCUAAAAGUAUACCAUAUACGGAAAAGGAAGAUACUACGAUCCUCGAUAUCAAUAGAACUGAUAAUAUAAUUGAAAAAUAUAAAAAAGAAGGAAUACCAUGGGUUAGAGGUAAAAAAGCAGGAGAAAAAAAAGAAGUUGAGGAAAUAAGAACACCUCAAAUAAUUAAACCUGAAGUUAAACUGGAAGAAGAUAAACCUACGGAAAUUUCCGAAGCUCCAUGGCGCCGUAAACCAAAAUCAUCAAUUCAAAAAAAGAUUUCAGAAACUGAAACUGAUAAAACAAAAUUUGACAUUAAAGAAGUAUCCAAAGCAACAUGGCAAAAAUCUGAAAAAAGUAAAACAACGAAAUCUAUUGAAGAAAAAGCUCAAAUUGAAGAUUUCACAUCUGUUGUACUAAAACCGGCAAAAUGGCACGAAAAACCGAAAGAACAAAAAAUGAUACAAGAAAUUACACUACAUUCAGCAAAACAAUUACCUAAAGAAAAAGAAGACCUCACGCAUACACCGGUGAGAAAGGAAAUAUCCAAACCAGAAACUUCACCUGAAAAAAUCGAUGAAAUUAAUGGAGAUAUAUUAACAAAAAAAAUGGACAUACCAUGGAGACGUGCAAAAAAAUUAACUCAAACUGAGCAGAAACCUGAAGAUUUACAGUUAAAACCUAUUAAAAAAAUAAUAAAACCAGAGGAAGCACAACCUGAGGAAGUUAUAUUGAAACAUGUCAGAAAACUUCCUAAAGAGGAAGAAUCAAAAGAUGAAAUCGUGUUGAAACCAGUACAAAAAGAAACAGUUGAAGAGAAACCGGAACAGGUCCGAUUGAAGCCAGUGAAAAAAAUGGACAAACCCGAAGAGCCGAAACCAGAGAAAAUUGUAUUGAAACCUGUGAGAAAACUUCCUAAAGACGAAGAAUCAAAGGAAGCAAUUACUUUGAAACCAGUGGAAAAGGAAAAAGUUGAAGAAACACUGGAGGAGAUCCGAUUGAAGCCAGUAAAAAAGACAGAAAAACCCGAAGAGCCGAAACCAGAGCAAGUUGUACUGAAACCUAUUAAAAAGCUCGUCAAAGAAGAUGUAUCAAAAGAAGAAAUUACUUUGAAACCAGUAGAAAAGAAAAAAGUUGAAGACAUACCGGAAGAGAUCCGAUUGAAGCCAGUGAAAAAGAUAGACAAACCUGAAGAGCCAAAACCAGAGCAAAUUGUAUUGAAACCUGUUAGAAAACUUCCUAAAGACAAAGAAUCAAAAGAAGAAAUCACUUUAAAACCAACGGAAAAGGAAACAGUUGAAGAAACAUCAGAGAAGAUUCGAUUAAAACCAGUGACAAAAAUGGAUAAACCCGAAGAGCCGAAACCAGAGCAAAUUGUACUAAAACCUGUUAGAAAACUUCCUAAAGACGAAGAAACAAAGGAAGAAAUUACUUUGAAAUCAAUAGAAAAGAAAAAAGUUGAAGAAAUACCGGAGGAGAUCCGAUUGAAGCCAGUGACAAAAAUGGAUAAACCCGAAGAGCCGAAACCAGAGCAAAUUGUACUAAAACCUGUUAGAAAACUUCCUAAAGACGAAGAAACAAAGGAAGAAAUUACUUUGAAAUCAAUAGAAAAGAAAAAAGUUGAAGAAAUACCGGAGGAGAUCCGAUUGAAGCCAGUGACAAAAAUGGAUAAACCCGAAGAGCCGAAACCAGAGCAAAUUGUACUAAAACCUGUUAGAAAACUUCCUAAAGACGAAGAAACAAAGGAAGAAAUUACUUUGAAAUCAAUAGAAAAGAAAAAAGUUGAAGAAAUACCGGAGGAGAUCCGAUUGAAGCCAGUGACAAAAAUGGAUAAACCCGAAGAGCCGAAACCAGAGCAAAUUGUACUAAAACCUGUUAGAAAACUUCCUAAAGACGAAGAAACAAAGGAAGAAAUUACUUUGAAAUCAAUAGAAAAGAAAAAAGUUGAAGAAAUACCGGAGGAGAUCCGAUUGAAGCCAGUGACAAAAAUGGAUAAACCCGAAGAGCCGAAACCAGAGCAAAUUGUACUAAAACCUGUUAGAAAACUUCCUAAAGACGAAGAAACAAAGGAAGAAAUUACUUUGAAAUCAAUAGAAAAGAAAAAAGUUGAAGAAAUACCGGAGGAGAUCCGAUUGAAGCCAGUGACAAAAAUGGAUAAACCCGAAGAGCCGAAACCAGAGCAAAUUGUACUAAAACCUGUUAGAAAACUUCCUAAAGACGAAGAAACAAAGGAAGAAAUUACUUUGAAAUCAAUAGAAAAGAAAAAAGUUGAAGAAAUACCGGAGGAGAUCCGAUUGAAGCCAGUGACAAAAAUGGAUAAACCCGAAGAGCCGAAACCAGAGCAAAUUGUACUAAAACCUGUUAGAAAACUUCCUAAAGACGAAGAAACAAAGGAAGAAAUUACUUUGAAAUCAAUAGAAAAGAAAAAAGUUGAAGAAAUACCGGAGGAGAUCCGAUUGAAGCCAGUGACAAAAAUGGAUAAACCCGAAGAGCCGAAACCAGAGCAAAUUGUACUAAAACCUGUUAGAAAACUUCCUAAAGACGAAGAAACAAAGGAAGAAAUUACUUUGAAAUCAAUAGAAAAGAAAAAAGUUGAAGAAAUACCGGAGGAGAUCCGAUUGAAGCCAGUGACAAAAAUGGAUAAACCCGAAGAGCCGAAACCAGAGCAAAUUGUACUAAAACCUGUUAGAAAACUUCCUAAAGACGAAGAAACAAAGGAAGAAAUUACUUUGAAAUCAAUAGAAAAGAAAAAAGUUGAAGAAAUACCGGAGGAGAUCCGAUUGAAGCCAGUGACAAAAAUGGAUAAACCCGAAGAGCCGAAACCAGAGCAAAUUGUACUAAAACCUGUUAGAAAACUUCCUAAAGACGAAGAAACAAAGGAAGAAAUCACCUUGAAACCAAUUGAAAAAGAAAAAGUUGGAGAAAAGCCGGAGGAAGUCCGAUUGAAGCCAGUAAAAAAGAUAGAAAGACCCGAAGAGCCGAAACCAGAGCAAGUUGUAUUGAAAUCUGUUAAAAAACUCGCCAAAGAAGAAGUAUCAAAGGAAGAAAUUACUUUGAAACCAGCAGAAAAGGAAGAACUCAAAGACAUAAAGUCACAACCAGUAUCUGAAAUGCUAACAGAAAUUAUAGAGGAAAAACCCAAAAGUAAACAGCCAAUAGAAAUAAUUGAAACUCCUUGGCGACGUAAGCGAACAAAGAAAGUCGUUGAUUUUAAGGAUGAAGUAACAAUAGUGCCUAUUGAUCAAGAAGAAUCUGUUAUAGACGUUUAUGAAGAAAAAGAAGCAAUGAUAAUUACAAAUAAAGAUACUCAAGAUCUAUUUGAACAAAAGUUAGAAACUGUGCCAUCAUUUAAAGAAGAUAAGGUAACAGACGAAGUUAUUACAGGUGAAGUUUCGUGGAGAAAGAAUAAACAAAUACAUUUAAAGACAAAAGAAGAAAAAGAAAUGGUUAUGUUAAAAUCCAUUGGAGAAGUGGAAAAAUUAGACCUAAAACAACCCGAAGGACAUGUAUUAGCUUUUAUAGAAGAUGAAAAAUUACCCGAAGAGACAUACGAGGAAGACAAAGUUUUCGAAUUAAAAUCCGUAAAGCUUGCAGAGCAAAUAGCAGAAAUUUCAGAAGAGAAAGAUGAAAUCAUUACUGAAUCAGUUGUAAUAAAAUCUAAGAUAAAAGAAAAAGUGUCUGAAAAAGUCGCUUCUAAUAUUAUCGAUGAAGAAGCUGUCAAGUUACAAAUUAAAGCAGAUGUCACACAAGUAGAAGAUCGUAAGAGAAAACGUAGACAACGUACUCAGGUCGACAUAUCAAUUACAGAUAAAGAUAAAACGAUAGCUCCAAGAUUUAUUCAAAAAUUACAACCUGUUAUCGCUGAGUUGAAAAAAACUGCCAAAUUUACAUGUACUCUUAUAGGAAAUCCAUUGCCUGAAAUUUCUUGGUAUAAAAAUGAGCAAGAACUCCAUGCAAGCGAAAAGUAUACUAUGACUAUAUUUGAGACAACAGCAACCUUAGAAAUCACAAACGUCAAAGAAGAAGACGCUGGAAUGUAUUCUUGUAGGGCAUCUAAUCCAGCUGGUGUGGCAACAUCCACUGUCAACCUUGUAAUAUUUGAAAAAGAAGAGGAAGGCAUAGCUCCGCAUUUUUCAACGCCGAUUAAACCGUUAAUGAUUGAAGAACAUACACCUGCUUUAUUAGAAUGUAUUGUAACCGGUAUGCCAAUACCUGAAGUGAAAUGGUAUCGUGACGAAAAAGAAGUAAAACCAAAUGAAAGAACGGAGUUGAGUUUCAACCCAACUACGGGAGAAGCUAAACUAAAAAUUUUAGAACCAAUGUCCGAAGAUGAAACAAUUUAUCGUGUUCGUGCUAUAAAUAAAUAUGGCCGCGCUGAAUGCAGAGCUAAUUUAGUGAUCAGUAACAUCGUUAAAGUGAGCAAGCCAAUUGUUCUCAGAGCACCGCGAAUUACACGACCUUUGUCUGCUUUAAUAAUUGAGCGUGGAAAGUCUCUGAAACUUCUAGCUGAUUUUGACGGCAUACCGAAACCAGAAGUCAAGUGGUUCCGCAAUGGUAUUGAAAUUACACCGACUAACAAACGCAAAAUAGACAUUUAUGAAAGUACAACCGAAUUAAAUAUAAUAGAAGCAACAAACAAAGAUAGCGGCAAGUAUGAGAUAAGAGUUCAGAAUGAAGUCGGUGAAGCGAGAAGCUCGAGUUCUGUUACUGUUAAAGAACGCAAAGACACUAUGGACGAAGUAAAAGCACCAAUGUUUGUGGAACCUAUUCAGCCUCAACUUGUUGCAGAAGGAGAAGUUGUUAUCAUGGAAACACGAGUAGAAUCAUAUCCAGCAGCAUCUUUUCAGUGGUUCCAUGAAAGCAAACCUCUUGAGUCGACACCACAAGUAAGAAUUGUGACUCAAGAAAAUCGAUCAAUCUUAAUGGUGAAAGAAGUCACAUCAGAAUUUGCUGGUAAUUACACAUGUCGUGCUGAAAAUGUCGGUGGUUCGGUUACUUGUACAGCCACCGUUAAUUUGAUGGAAAUAACAUGGGAAGAAGCAAUUGAAUUAAUCUCACCGACAUUUGUAAAGAGACUAUCACCUAUAAAAGUUAUGGACGGUGAGAGUGUUAAUUUAACCUGCGUCGUUGAAGGGAAACCAACGCCCAGAGUGGAAUGGUAUCACAACGACAUGCCAAUUAAAGAAGGAAAAGAAAUUACAAUUAUUCAGGAUAUGGAAGGUGUUUGUAGUUUAGCUAUUACCGAAGUAUUCCCGGAAGAUGCUGGAGAAUAUACCUGUCGUGCUGUGAAUCCUGUUGGCGAAGCUGUUUGCAUGUCAACGCUCAUUGUUGAAGCGUACGAGUAUGUGCCGGAUUCUGAAAUUGCAUCUUCAAUAGUCGCGACAUCUCUUACUACAGGACAAAGUGGAUCAGAAGAAGAUCUUCUAUCUCCGAAAGAAACUCCUAUUUUCGACACUGAUAUAGAAGAAUCUGUACCAGAGAUAAUAAAGAAGCUUCCUCAGUUAGUUCCUACUAAAGAUGGGGAAUUAACUAGAUUGGAAGUAAAGGUGAAAGGCAAACCAAAACCGAAAGGAAAAUGGUAUAAAGAAGGAGUAGAAAUAGUCUCAUCGCAAGAAUUCCAAAUUGAGGAAUUUGAAGAUGGUACAUCAGUAUUAACAAUCGCCGAAACUUUCCCCGAUGACACUGGUGAGAUCACAUUUGAAGCUUACAAUCCACUCGGUGUAUCAACUACAACUACGUAUUUAUCAGUAGAAGGUAUACUCGGGACAAAAGAGUACAGAAAACCAGAGUGGGUCACACAGAUGGAAGAAAUGCAAGAGGCUUUAAAAGCUACACAAGCUGUUCCACGAUUUAUCCAAGAAAUAACGGACGUUUAUACAAAAGAGGGAGAUAUCGCUUUGUUUGAAUGUACCUAUUCUGGUAAUCCCAAACCAGAUGUUGUUUGGUAUAAGAAUGAUAAGCUUAUAAUGAAUACGAACAAUGUAAAAGUACGUAUAUUUGAUAAAGAAAACAGAACUACUCUAACAAUUAAGCAAACUACCAAAGAAGACGAUGCCACGUAUGUUUGCAAAGCUACCAAUGAAAUUGGUAUGAUAGUAACAAAAGCCAAACUUAAUAUCGAUACUACUAUCAGCGAAUCACGGUUAAUGCCAGGCGAUAUCAAAGAAGAAGAAAAACUAGAUAUAAAGUUUAAAAAACAAGAAGAGAAACCACAUAAAAAGAAAAAAAUUGAGCUAAAGAAGGCGAAGGAGAUCAAAGAGAAAGUAAAAACUGAACGUCUUAAAAUUGAAAAAGAAGAAAUCCAUGAAGAGAAACUUAUUCCGAAGGAACAGAUAGAAGAAAAAAGAACUAUCGAUGUUGAAGAGACUCAACUAUUAGAAAGUACAGAGUUUAUAGAAGAUAAACCCGAAGAGGUUUCUAGAGCACGAAGAAUAGUACCGAUUCAAGAACCAAUUGUAACUGAAGCAAUAGCUUCUUUAAAGAAAAUUGACGAUCAAAAACUACGAGAACAAAUACCUAAAUUUGAAGAACGUGCCAAACAAAUUGUCGAAGAGCAAGAAAGUGUUGUCGUGUCAGAAAUUACGAGUGAAGAUAUUGCUCCUGACUUCACUAUCGAAACAAAACUUGAUCACGCUCAAGUUACCUCGGAAAUUUUACAGAAAGUUGCAGUCUCUGAAGCACAUGUAGAAAGUAAUAUGCAAGAAACGAAACGUACAGAAACAAGGCAAAAAAAGAUAAAGAAAAUAAAAGCUGAAAAAAUUAAAGAAGAUAUUACUGUAAAAGAGAUUGUGGAGCGACAAAAAGAAAACAUAGCUCGGGAAGUCGAUGAGAUAAUGGAAGUACUUGAUGCGACAGAAUUUGGGCCGGGAGAAUCUCCUCUUCGAGAACUCGCGACAAUUGGCUACUUAGUUCGACAAGGUGUUUCCGUAAACGAAAUUAACGAAUGCCUUUACAAAACUGAGAUUUUUCCUGCUCUAAAGACCCCCGAUGCUCAAAAUGCUUUGGUUCAAUUGGUGGAAAGAAAAGGUCACGGUCCCUUGAUUACCCAAGUACUUACCGAGGAGACGACAACUGACGAAAGUUUCGUUGCAGCGACAGUCGGUUUUCGUGCUUUUAUGAGAAUGGUUGAGCUUCAGCAUGCAACUGUGGAAGAAGUCAUUAUACACUUUGCUCCAGAAGAUUUCAAACCACGUGCUUGGGAAGUUACAGAAAUUUCCGAGGUUGAUACUGAGCAACAUGCUACAGAAAGAGUAGAUAUCGUUCGCAAAAUGGAAGUUCAUUUUAUGGAGAGGAAGGACGAAAGAAAAGUUACUCAUAUACAGGAUAUUCGAGAAAUUAAAGGUACCAGAGAAGAAGGGCUGUAUCAGGAAGAAGAAUCAAUUUAUGAAAUACCUGAAGAAAUUAUAGAAGAAGUUAUAACAAAAGAAAUAGAGUUCCAAAAAGCUCAACUCCUUAUACAUAAAGAAGAAUCGGUAGAAAUUACAAAAAUAGAUCUCAAGGAAGCACCAAUAGAAAAAAAGAAAACGUCUAUCAUAGAAGAGAACGAGAGUAUUGAAAAACCGAUACAGAAAGACAUUAAGACAAAAAAAAUACCAAAGAAAAAGGAUGAACGUGUUAAAGUAAUCGAGGAAAUAAAAUCAGAGGAAAUUGUUGAAAUGCCAUCCAAAAAAAUAAUUAAGAAAAAGGAACAUAUAAUAGACACUGCUGACGUUCUUGAGCAAGUCGUAGAAGAAAUCCAAACGGACAUGCCAAAAAAAGAAAAGGCUAAAACUAUCAUGGAAGAUAGAAAAGAAACUGUUACAGUUACAAAAAUAGAUACACAGCAAUCAAUUGUUAAAGUACCUGAAGAGAAAAUUGAUCAAAAACCAAUUGAAGAUACUCAAAUAAUUGCUAAAGAAAAAAUAGUCGAACUUAUCGAAACACCAAUAGAAAAGAAAAUAAAGAGAAAAAAGGGAAAAUCUCAUGAAGAUAAUGUGCUACAAGAAAUUGUUGAAGAAAUUGUUUUAGAUAAACCAGAGAUAGAACAAGCUCAAACUAUAUUCACUCCUAGAGAGAGCAUCGAAGUUGUGGAAAUCUUAACUGAAUCCUCCGUUACUAAAUUCACAGAAGUUGAAGCUAUACCAAGAGAAGCUGCGAUACACGAAAUUAAAAAAGAAGAAAGCCCAUUAAAGACAAUUUUACGGGAAGAAACAAACACGAUUCCUGUACAGGAACAAAUUACUGUUGAAGUUACUAAGGAAAUACUGGACAAAAAACCAAAAGAAGAAGAAAUAAAAUUGACUAUCAUAACAAAAGAAGGAAUCGAAGUUACUGAGGCAAUUCCGGACACUUCUACUGAAGAUCUACUUGAAACGAUAAAACCAGUGAAAGAAACAAUAUUGCCAGUGAAAGAAGAGGAACCACAAGUUGAUAUAAAAAAAGUUACUGUGAAGAAAGCACCGAAAAGGGUUAAACCAGUACAUGCAAGUAAACAACAGGUUAAAGAAGAAAUAGUCGAAGAUAUUACAUUAGAAAAACCAACACAAGAAAAAACGGAAGAAAUAAUAGUUGCAAAUGAGGAAAUAGAAACUACGGAAAUUAUUUCUGAAAUCACAACCAAUGAAAUUGAUAAAAAUAAAACACAGGAAGAGCAAAUUAUGCUAGAAAAGAUAGAUGAUAGUGUAAAAUCAGCUAUAGAAGUGAAGGAAGAUCGAUCAGAGGAAGCAAUAGAGGACAUAAAAAUGAAAAAGCCCAAAAAGGAAAAGGCUAAAAAGGAUGUACUUUUACAAGAAAGUGUUGAAAUUUCAGAAGUAACAACAGAAAUAGUACCUGAAGAAUUUAUCACGGAAAAAAUGUUUGCUGAAGAGGAAGCAGAAUCAAGUGUUACACCAAUAGAAAUUAUUGAAAUUACUAAAGUUGAUCUAGCUGUAGCAGAUGAUGAAAUAACAAAAAAGAAAAAAGCAAAACCUAGGAAGACUGACAUUAAAGAAGAAAAAGAGAAAGAUUUAGCUCCUAUCGAAAAAGAAAAGGUCACUCCAGAAAAAAAACAGAAAGAAGAAAUAGUAGAAAAAGUAACAUCCAGCCAACCUAAAUUAGAACAAAUAAAAAUAGAGAAAGGUGCACUAGAAACUACAGAAGAAGUGACAGAAAUAAUUCCCGAAGUUAAAAUAAAAGAUACUUUAAAGGAGAAAAAACCCGAAGAUGAAUUGAAGGAAAUAAAAACAAUACAUCCCGACAAAAUAAAGGAAUUUGAAAAACCAAAAGAAGAAAUUACAUCUACUGCAGAAGAAAAACUAAUGGAGCUUAAACCUACCGAGAAAAUAAAAGAAAAGAAAGUUAUAAAGAAAAAGAAGAAAAAAAUCGUUAAGAAAGAUGAUAUAGAGGAAUGGAUAGAACCUGAGUAUGAAAGACCUGUAUUAGAGCCAAUGCCUGAAAAAAUUCAAUGGGAGCCAAUGAAAAAGAAGAAAGAAAAGAAAAUAUUGCCUGAAUCUGUGCAAAAAUUAAUUCCACAGAAAAUUGAAAGAAAAGAAAUCAAACCUACAAAAUUAAAAUAUGUCGAACCAAUGCAAGAAACAGUCCAAUUUGGCACAAUUAAAUUGAAAAAAGUACCAAUUGUUAAGAAAAAAGAAAUAAUUGAACCAAUAUUUCCUAAAAUCAUGUUACGAAGUAGAGUUACAUUUAUCGAUGACUAUCCGACACAAUUACAAAUACCAAAAGUUACGUAUAUAGAAAAAAAUCCAAUACAAGCUGGCAUUUUAUCUAGAAAUACAGAAGAAGCAUUACAAGUUAUAAAGAAGAAAUACAAAAAACCUAAAGUCUUAGAGAAAGAUUUGAUUGAAUUAGAGAAAUUAGAUAAAGAGUUUGAAGAACUAAAAAAAGUUCCUUUAGAACAAAUAGAAGAUAAAUCUAUUUAUGAACGUACACCCAAGAAGUCGCAGAAAACGUUCGAAGAACCACAAAAGCUCAUUAUUGGAAAAGGUGAAAUAAAACAAGAAGAUAAAAUUAUUCCGGAAGAGAUCAAACUAAAGAAAAUACCGAUAAAGAAACUAGAACAAGUAACAGAAAAUAAAGAAACACCUAAAAUAAAAGAAUCCAUAGAAGAUACGCCUCUAGAAAAAGAACAACAACCUCAAGAAACAUUCACAUCUGAUGAAUUCAAACCAAUAAAAUUUGAUAAGCCAGAAAUUGAAAAAUAUGUACCUGAAGAAUUCGAAAUAACCAAAAAACCAGAAACUGAACCUGACUCGAAGUCAUAUAAACCAUUUAAGAGAAAAAAACCUGAACAAGAUAUGGAGCAAAUUCCUAUAAUAAAGGGUAUACCAAAGCCACAGGAACCUGAAGAAGAACCCGAGAUCAAUUUUCGAAUACCAACUUCAGAAAAACCCGAAGAUGAACCUGAAACAAUAACUUUAAAAGGCUGGACAAAAAAUAAACCCGAAGAAGAAAGCACAGAAGAACAGCCAACUAAGGAAAAAGACAUUAUACCAACUACGCCUAAAGACAUUAUUGAUGACUUUACAGUAAAACAGAAGAAAAAACAGAAAAAGAUCAAAGAAAAAGAAAUAAAGUCACAGGACAGUAGUGAGGAUACUAAGUUAAAAAAUAUUCCCGAAGAAAAGAAAGAGAUACUAACAGAAGAAUUAAUUGUAAAAAGAAAGAAGUCAGAACCGAAAGAAAAGCAAGAUGAAUUAGAUAUUUCUCAAGAAGUGUUAUUAAAAAAACCAAAGCAGUUUGCUGAAGAUAAAAUAGAAACUGAAGUAUCAAUUACAAAACCGAUUACCAAGGAGAAGAAAGAAGAUGCCAAAGAAAUAUCUGUAAAAGAACCUGGUCCAAAAGAGCAAGAACAAAUGCCAGAAGAAAUCACUGAAAAAGUAGUACUAAAGAAACUAAAAGAAGAAUCUGUCAAGGAAGAAGACGCUGAAGAAGUAACGAUUAAAAAAUUAAUUACUGAAAAAAGAAAAGAAGAAACUGAGGAAGUUACGUUUAAAAAGAAACCAAAGAAAAAGACUGUUACAGAGGAAUCUGCUGCAGAAAUAACUGUAAAGAAACCUAUUCCAAAGGAGGAAGAGCAAGUGUCGGAAGAAAUCUCUGAAAAAGUGGCACUAAAGAAACCAAAACAAGAAAUUCUCAAGGAAGAAAUCGCAGAUGAAGUGACAAUUAAGAAAUCGGUUGUCGAAGAAAGAAAAGAAGAUGUGGAAGAAGUCACCGAAGAAGUUACGUUGAAGAAGAAACCAAAAAAGAAGCCCGUUACAGAGGAACCUGCUGCAGAAAUAACUGUAAAGAAACCCGUUCCAAAAGAGGAAGAACAAAAGCCGGAAGAAAUCUCUGAAAAAUUAGUACUAAAGAAACCAAAACAAGAAAUUCUCAAGGAAGAGAUCGCAGAUGAAGUGACAAUUAAGAAAUCGGUUGUCGAAGAAAGAAAAGAAGAUGUGGAAGAAGUCACCGAAGAAGUUACGUUGAAGAAGAAACCAAAAAAGAAGCCCGUUACAGAGGAACCUGCUGCAGAAAUAACUGUAAAGAAACCCGUUCCAAAAGAGGAAGAACAAAAGCCGGAAGAAAUCUCUGAAAAAUUAGUACUAAAGAAACCAAAACAAGAAAUUCUCAAGGAAGAGAUCGCAGAUGAAGUGACAAUUAAGAAAUCGGUUGUCGAAGAAAGAAAAGAAGAUGUGGAAGAAGUCACCGAAGAAGUUACGUUGAAGAAGAAACCAAAAAAGAAGCCCGUUACAGAGGAACCUGCUGCAGAAAUAACUGUAAAGAAACCCGUUCCAAAAGAGGAAGAACAAAAGCCGGAAGAAAUCUCUGAAAAAUUAGUACUAAAGAAACCAAAACAAGAAAUUCUCAAGGAAGAGAUCGCAGAUGAAGUGACAAUUAAGAAAUCGGUUGUCGAAGAAAGAAAAGAAGAUGUGGAAGAAGUCACCGAAGAAGUUACGUUGAAGAAGAAACCAAAAAAGAAGCCCGUUACAGAGGAACCUGCUGCAGAAAUAACUGUAAAGAAACCCGUUCCAAAAGAGGAAGAACAAAAGCCGGAAGAAAUCUCUGAAAAAUUAGUACUAAAGAAACCAAAACAAGAAAUUCUCAAGGAAGAGAUCGCAGAUGAAGUGACAAUUAAGAAAUCGGUUGUCGAAGAAAGAAAAGAAGAUGUGGAAGAAGUCACCGAAGAAGUUACGUUGAAGAAGAAACCAAAAAAGAAGCCCGUUACAGAGGAACCUGCUGCAGAAAUAACUGUAAAGAAACCCGUUCCAAAAGAGGAAGAACAAAAGCCGGAAGAAAUCUCUGAAAAAUUAGUACUAAAGAAACCAAAACAAGAAAUUCUCAAGGAAGAGAUCGCAGAUGAAGUGACAAUUAAGAAAUCGGUUGUCGAAGAAAGAAAAGAAGAUGUGGAAGAAGUCACCGAAGAAGUUACGUUGAAGAAGAAACCAAAAAAGAAGCCCGUUACAGAGGAACCUGCUGCAGAAAUAACUGUAAAGAAACCCGUUCCAAAAGAGGAAGAACAAAAGCCGGAAGAAAUCUCUGAAAAAUUAGUACUAAAGAAACCAAAACAAGAAAUUCUCAAGGAAGAGAUCGCAGAUGAAGUGACAAUUAAGAAAUCGGUUGUCGAAGAAAGAAAAGAAGAUGUGGAAGAAGUCACCGAAGAAGUUACGUUGAAAAAGAAACCAAAGAAAAAGCUCGUUACAGAGGAACCUACUGCUGAAAUAACUGUAAAGAAACCCGUUUCAAAGGAGGAAGAGCAAGUGCCGGAAGAAAUCUCUGAAAAAGUAAUAUUAAGAAAACCAAAAGAAAAAUCUGUCAAAGAAGAAGUCGCUGAUGAAAUGACAAUUAAAAAACUAAUUGUCGAAGAAAGGAAAGAUGAUGUAGUUGAAGAAAUUACUUUAAAACCUAAGCCAAGAAAAAAGAUGUUCGAAACGGAAGAAAUGUCGGAAGUAAUUAUUGUGAAACCUGUAAAAGAUAAGAAAGUAGAAGAAGAAAUUGCAGAAACAUCUGCAGAUAUAUUAUUAAGGGAAAAAGAACCAGAAAUUAAAGAUGUAAUUACAGAGGAAUUAACUAUUCGAAAAAUCGAGAUUAUAGAACAACCUGAAGAAGUAAUUGAAGAAUUUACUUUGAAACGCAAACCACCGAAAAAAGCUCCGAAACCAAUUGAAGAAAUUUAUGAAGAUGUUACAUUACGUAAAUUACGACCAAAGAAAAAGUCUAGACCGGACAUCAAAGAAGUUACUGAAGUGGAGAAUGUAACAUUUAGACCACGUUCUACAAAAAGAAAAGAGGAUGUAGAACAAGAAUUUAAAAUCUCGUUAAAUACAUAUGAAGAAGAAGAUAUUUCUAUGUCCGGUAAAGUGCGUCUAAAACCAAAAAGACGGCCGCUUACAUAUUCUGAAGAGACUGGAGAGGAAACAAUUAAAAUCAUUCAAGAAAUCGAAGAUUCUGGUCCGAUUAUCGAAGAGGUCAUCAAUGAAUCGGAAGAAGAAGGGAAAGAAGAAUAUAGCAUUGAAGAGCUUGAUAUCGACGAAAUGAAUAUACCGCUAAGACGAAAGAAAAAGAAACAAAAAGUUCCAUAUACUGUAGAAGAAAUUGAAGAUGCUGUUAAAUUGCAAUUAAAUCGUGAUAGAAAAUACUCAUACGAGGAAGCUGAUACCGAAUCUUUGGCGCUGAAGUUGAAAAGCAGGAGACGUAUUUCCACAUUCGAAGAAGAAGAAGCUUCUCUCAGUAUUACUAAAGAAGAGGAAAUAUCCGAAGAAGUGGAGGAAUAUAUUGUUCGGGAAGGUGAUACAAUGUUUUCAAUUUGUUCUUAUAUUGCUGAAACAGAAGAAGCUAUUAAUUUAGUAGAAGGGGAAAAAAUUUAUAUUAUCGAUCAUACUAAUCAGGAUUGGUGGUUUGUAAAGAAACACUUGACCGAAGAAAAAGGUUGGGUACCGGCGCAAUAUUUAUUGGAUGAAGCACGUUAUACUAUUUACUUGCAACGAAAAUUGCAUGAAAAAAUUGACAAAUUGCCAAUCUUUGAGAAGCCUGCCCCCGGAGAAAAAGCCUCAGCCCCAAGAUUUAUUGAAAAAUUACAACCAAUUCAUACAUUAGAUGGUUACACCGUGCAAUUCGAAUGUCAAGUAGAAGGUAUACCAAGACCACAAAUAACUUGGUUCCGUCAAACUGCUAUUAUCAAACCAUCUACUGAUUUUCAAAUAUAUUAUGACGAAGAUAACGUUGCUACCUUGAUAAUCAGGGAAGUCUUUCCCGAAGAUGCCGGUACUUUUACCUGCGUUGCGAAAAAUGCUGCAGGAUUUGCGUCCAGUACUACUGAGCUUAUUGUCGAAGCUCCUUUGUCAGAUCACGGAUCAGAUGUUACUGGUUUCUCGAGAAAAAGUCUUUCGAGAGAAUCAUCUUUAGCCGAUAUAUUAGAAGGUAUACCACCUACAUUUUCCCGAAAGCCGAAAGCGAAAUAUGUAAAUGAAGGUGACGAUGUGAUAUUGGAAUGUCGAUUGGUCGCUGUACCGGAACCAGAAAUAACAUGGCAUCACAAAGACGUACCAGUAAUUAGUCAACAGAACAUUAUUGUUGCAACUGAAAGUGACAUGCAUAUGUACUGCAGUGUCGUAAACUUCACUAAAAUUCAAAAGAAGCAGGAGGGAAGAUACAAAAUUAUUGCUAAAAACAGAGAGGGCGAGGCUACUAUUGAUAUUCCUGUAAAGGUAAAAACUGGAAAGAGCGAACCACCUGAAAUUUUAGAACCAUUACAAUCCUAUAUAGUUAAAGAAGGUGAGACUGUUGUCUUAUCGACUCAAAUAGUCGGUAAUCCAUCACCGAAAAUAACAUGGUACAAAGACGGGAAGCCGUUAAAGGGCUCGCAAUUAAAGCAAGACGGACAUGUUAAUACAUUAAACUUGAUCCAACCUCAAAUAGCAGAUAGUGGGGAAUAUUCGGUUACAGCUAUCAAUGAUAUGGGCAAAGCUGAGACUCGGGCUACAUUGACUGUUGAGAUUAACUCCAUAUCACAAGUCAACAUUAAUUUUCAACAUUGUAUAAACGACAAGUGUGUCUCGUUUGUUAAGGAAGUACCAAGUGGCGCUCCAGAACCACCAUUAUUCACCAAACGUUUCCAAGAGGUAAUCGUUCCGGAAAAAGAUACUUUUAAGUUAAUUGCCAAAGUUACUGGUAAUCCCGUUCCCGAAAUUACUUGGCUUAGAAAUAACAAACCGCUUGAUAAAUCGGUCAAUAUCAUAGAAAGUUAUGAUGGUGAGAAUAUCCUACUUGAAAUUAAAAAUGCAGACUCUGAAGUUGAUGCUGGAGAUUAUAAAUGUGUCGCUAGUAAUCCAGUCGGAAAAGCUUCUCAUGGUGCAAAAGUUACAGUAGAUGUUGCCAAAGUUUUUUUCACAAGGAAUUUGCAAAAUGAAAUUAUAGUCAACGAAUACAAAACUCUAGAAUUAAGCUGUGAAACAUCCCAUACUGUUUCUACGAUAUGGUGGCACAAUGAUAAAGAAAUUAGCGGAAUGGAUCAUCGCGAGAUAAUUCAGGAAGGACGUCUACAUAAGUUACUUAUUAAGAAGAGUGGUCUUUCCGACGCAGGAACAUACAAAUGUACUGUCAAGAAUCAAAUGACGUUUAGCAAUGUUAUUGUUAAGGCUACCAAACCAGAAUUUGUCAGGAAAUUGCAAGACUUUGAGGUAAAAGAACGCGAUGUGGCGAUUUUAGAAGUUGAGAUCACAUCUCAAACGGCCGAUGUCACAUGGCGAAAAGAUGGUGAAUUAUUAACAUCAAGCAAAGGAAAACUAGAAUUUAUGAAAGAUGGUACCAUAAGGAAACUUUUCAUCAGGAAUACAUCAGUUCACGACGAAGGCGAAUACAUAUGCGCUCUUCUAGAUCAAGAGUGUACAGCGGAAGUUACAGUUGUCGAAUUACCACCGGAGAUCAUUAUCAAAAUGCAAGACAUAACUAUAGCUACAGGAGAGAAAGCGACUUUCGACAUAGAAUUAACAAAAGGUGAUGCUCUGGUACGCUGGUUCAAAGACGGACAAGAAUUGCAAUUUUCUGAGCACGUGCGAUUGUCAAUCGAUGGCAAAAGACAAAAAUUGAAAAUUUAUGACACUGAAGUAGAAGAUGCAGGAAUCUAUUCCUGUCAAGUUGGUAAUCAAACUUCGUCAGCCAGACUGACAGUCGAAGAAUCCGAAGUAGAUUUUAUUAAAAAAUUACCAGAUAUUACUUUAGUGCCUCUCAACAUUGAUGCAACUUUUCUUAUCGAAUUAUCACGUGCCGAUGUACCGGUAACAUGGUUAAAGAAAAAUGAAAUGAUCGAUUGUGCGCAAACAUCGAAAUAUAAUGUUAUUGACGAAGGAAAUAUUAAAAAGCUUAUUGUUAAAAAGUGCACAACCGAAGAUAUCGCUGAAUAUACUGCUGCAGUUGCCAAUGUGAAAACAUCAUCGAGAUUAAAAAUCAAAGUUAUUGAAACAUCACCUAAAAUUCAUCCUGAUACGCUUAAAAAAUACAAAACGAUGAAAGACGAUGACAUUGAUAUUGUUGUCAAAUUCGCGGCUAAGCCAAUUCCAAUUGAUGAGUGGAGCGUCAAUGGCCGUAUUCUUAAAAAAUCUAAACGAAUUAUUCCAUCCAUUGAUGAAUGUUCAGCCGUCUUAAUAAUCAGAGACGUACAAGAGAAAGAUUGUGGUGAUUAUACUUUAAAAUUAACUAAUCCACAUGGAGAGGAUAGUAUAGAAAUUAACGUCAUUGUUGUGCAGGUACCCGGUGCACCAGGAAUUCCAGAACCUCUUGAAAUAACCGAUGAUAGCAUUACUCUUCAUUGGAAGAAACCAGAUAUAGAUGGACACUCCUCGAUCAUAGAAUACAUUUUAGAAUAUCAAGAAAAGACAGAAACUUCAUGGAGCAGAAUCACGGAAAUAAUAAUUGAAACUACAUAUAAAUUAACCAACUUAAUCACCGACAAGGAAUAUACUUUCCGUGUAACAGCUGUUAAUGAAGCUGGAUCAGGAGAAGCAUCGUUAAAUACGCCAUAUCUAAAAAUUUCCAAGUUAUCAGCGUCUGAGCCACCGACCGUUCUUGAAGCACUUAAAAGUAUCGUCAUUGGAUUAGAAGAGACCGUCACACUUUCUUGCGUAAUCGGUGGUGUACCGACACCUCGUAUUACAUGGUUAAAAGAUGGCAAAGCCUUCGAAGAUAGUGAUAUUACAUACGAAAACCAUUUAGCUAAAUAUACUAUUCGAAAAACCACUGAGACAUCUUCGGCCACAUUUACAGUUAAAGCUCAAAAUGAUGCAGGAAUGGCGGAAACAUCAUGUCAAUUAAAAAUUCAAGAAUCUCCAAAGAUCACUUGCGACGAAAAUUUAAGAAAGCAGAGACUAACAGUGGGCGAUAAAUGGAAAGCCGAGAUUCGUUUCAGUGGUUUCCCAAAACCGGAAGUAAUGUGGACGAUAAAUAACAAAACAAUAAUUGAUAAGCGCAUUUCCAUUGAGACUAAGGAAAAUACAUCUAUUAUUAUGAUUUCUUCGCUUGUUAGAAAUGACACAGCUAUCUAUACAGUGAAAGUAUCGAACGAAGCCGGUAGUUCAUCGAUGGAAUGUCAUCUUCGUGUUAUAGAUAAACCAAGCAAACCCCAGGGACCAGUUAUCGCGAAAGAAAUUAGACAAGAUCGCGUCACCAUAGAAUGGCGACCGCCGAUCGAUGAUGGUGGUGUUGAACUGGAAAGAUAUACCAUCGAGAAAUGCGAAAUGAAUAAGAAAGUUUGGACAAAAGUAGGUGAUGUUGACAAAGAAGUUGAGAAUUUCUGUGUGCAGAAAUUGCAGCAAGAUGUCGACUACCUAUUCAGAAUAGUUGCUAGAAACUCAGUCGGAUCCUCAGAUCCUUUGGAAUCCGAACCAAUUCGAACAAGAACUUCAUUCGAAACACCGGGCCCACCGAGAGGACCACUCGAAGUUUUUGGAAUGACGGAAACAUCAUUCACAUUAAAAUGGGAACCACCAAAGAAUGAUGGCGGGACUCCUAUUAUAGAAUACAUUAUCGAAAUGAAGGAGACAUCUAAGAAAACUUGGCAAAAAAUUGCGAAUACAAAGGGGGAAGUCAAUAAUGUUAUUGUAUCCGAUUUAAAACCGGACACAUCGUACAAUUUCCGAAUAAUAGCUAAAAAUAACGUUGGUAUUGGUCCUCCGUAUACAGCAGAAGAAGUGAUUACAACCGGUAAACAACCGAAAUUAAUAAAGCUUACAGAAAACAGCAUAUACGCGCUACUAGGCAUAUUUCCAUCAAUCAAAACUACCGCCAUUAAGACACCACCUUCGUGCCCGCUAAACGUCCGAGCAACAAAUGUCACUAGCAAAAGCGUCACUCUCAGUUGGUCACCACCAACUACAACAGGAGGAUCGGAAUUGACAGGUUAUAUAAUCGAGAAGAGACCAUUAAUCGGAAAAGGCGCCAGAUGGUCAAAAGUUGUCACUUUGGAUGCUACAACACACCAAUAUUGUAUAGAGAACCUAAAAGAAAGCGAAUUCCUCUUUAGAAUCUUUGCUGAAAAUAGUUUAGGUCUUAGCAUACCUACUAAUUCCGAGCCGAUCACGCUAAAAACUCAUGCCAAUAUUCCAUCACCACCUACUGCUCCGUUAGAGAUGAGACAGAUUGCAGCGAAUACAAUGGUAAUCGAAUGGGGUAGACCCGAAUCAGACGGUGGUGCAUCUCUCGAGGGUUACAAAAUUGCUAUUAGAGACGCGAAGAAAACUAUGUGGAUGGAAGUGGGAAGAGUUAGCGCGGACAUACAAAAAUUGAACAUUAGAGAUCUGCAAGAGAAUCACGAAUAUCUCGUAAGAAUCUUCGCACGAAAUGAGAUCGGAUUUAGCGAUCAUUUGGAAUCGGAAGAACCCUUCAAGAUCGUACCGACAUCAGAACUGUCAUGCGUAGAACCAAUUGCAGAGGCUAUAGACAAAGGUGAGACCGCAUCGAUCAGCUUUAGCACAGAAAACACAAGUUCAUGGUUGAGAGAACAUAAUAUGGAUGCCGAUAUUCAUUCAUACGCGAGAGCAAGAUUACUUAGGAAAGAUGAAUACUUUUUCCGUAUUUGGCACUAUGCUAAAAAGUUGUUUGAAUAAGCAUUUGUUAUACAUGUGUAACUUUGAACAUUUCUAUUAUUAUUGUAAAGUAUCGACGGAUAUAAUUGAUCUUUUCCGCAAUCGCAAUUUUAUUUUUUCAUCGAACGCUGCAUUAUGUAUGUACAUUAUAUCUCUCUCAAUGUAUUUAAUCAAUGUGCAUGAGUCUAAUUCUUGAAAUAAUGUAUCGGUGAUAGAGCCAUGAAUUGUUCCUUUUUAAAAUUGAUUUGCGUAUAAUGAUUAUACAUAUAUGUCAAAACCAAUUUACGUAAGACUGGAUGGUGUUUACUGAGUGUUAAUUUAGUUAGGGUAAAGUGAUUUUCUUUUUGACGCUUUUAUUAAAGCGCUCAAGAAAUUGAACUUUAUUGUACGAAUGAUUCAAUUUUUAUUCUAGUUUCGUGUUUUGAAAUAUUACAAAUUACGCUUUCGUGCAGUUUUAUAAAUUUUAUUUCCUGUCACUAAUGCGCAUUGUUAAAGUAUUAUGUAUUUACUAGUUGGUAAUGACAAGCAUUAUACUUGGAAAAUUCUUUGAAAUUUUCAAAUAUGCGGCAUUCUACAUCUAUUAGUGACGUAUCUAUUUAGAGAUGUGACAAUGUAACGUUCGUUUCUAUUUGUUUCUAUUUCUUUGGCGAAGCUAGAGCAUACGAUUAUCUUAGUAUGUGUUCUCCAAGUAUGUAUUGAUUGUUUCUUGUUAUUAUUAUCCGCGAUGUUAAUUUAAUUUUAAUUAAUAUUAUUAAUCAUAUCGAUAUAUCAAAUUAACAAAAUAAAGAAAUAUCACGCGUGUUUGGUAAGUGAGACGUGAAAUAUAGGUGCAAUCGUGAACUAUUAUCAACCAACGACGCGUCGCAUAUUUCAUAUUAUUUA